AUGCUGACGGAUACUGUCCCACUCAUUGCAUCCUUGAAUAGCGAAAAUGAAGUGCAUUUGCUAGUUGGUACGCAUUCACUGAGUGCCACGAUUAAAAGAGCGAGGGCGAUCAUUGACAGCGGAGCCUUUGCUACUUUUACCGGUGUGUCAUGCCCUUCGGACGUCGACAGUCUUCGCAAGAGAUUUGCUGGCGAAUCUCGAGUCUUGAUUCUCGAUACUGCAUUUGAAUUACAACACUUGAUGACCUUGGGCCGUCCGCUCGUUGCUAAAAUUGUGGAUCGAGUUUUUGUGAGUUUGGCUCAGGAUCAGGCCCUCUUAAUGCAGGAAAUAUAUCAGCAGUGCGCCAAGCUUCGGAUACCUAUAAACACUUCGCAGAGACCCGAGUUUUCCACUUUCAGUCCCAUAUCUACUUUCACCGAUCCUCAUAAGAGUGGCCUACAAAUUGCAGUCACUACGAAUGGUCAAGGGUGUCUUUUGGCCAAUCGGAUUAAGCGCGAGAUCGUAUCCAAUCUUCCCGCCAAAAUAUCCCAGGCGGUCAUAAAUAUGGGAAAUCUACGAGACAGGAUCAUAAAUGAGGACAACUCUGGCUUAAUAUCAAAUUAUUACAUGAAUAAGGACCUACAAGAUUUGGGGUAUGGUCUUGAUGAGGAUAGCUGGGACAGUCAAAAGUUAAACAAACUCGUGCGUGAGUUUUCCAUGAGUGAAAAUGAACGCAAACUUAAGCGCACCAGAUGGCUCUCCCAGAUUAUGCAGUACUACCCUUUAGCCCAACUUGCCGAUGUUUCUAUUUCACAACUCGCCGACAGCUACACAACUUCUAUUGCAGACAAGUCCACGAUCCACGGAGGUCCACAGGCUCAGUGCCCUCAGUUUUCAUCAGAUCAGCAGGCAACACAGGGAGAGACGCCGGAAAAUGUACUUACUGCCAGUGCACCUCUCGAAAAAGCUCGCGUGACUACUGGUGGAGCUAUCUCACUGGUUGGCAGUGGUCCAGGCUCCGUAUCGAUGCUCACUUGUGGGGCAUUUGAGGAGAUAAAGAGCGCAGACCUGAUAUUGGCUGAUAAGCUUGUACCAGAGACUGUGCUUGACCUUAUACCCGAACGUGUCGAAGUCUUUAUAGCUAGAAAGUUUCCAGGUAAUGCCGAAAGAGCACAAGAAGAGCUCUUGGAAAAAGGUUUAGCUGGACUGCUGGAGGGCAAAAAAGUUGUUCGACUCAAGCAAGGCGACCCUUACAUAUUCGGACGCGGGGGAGAGGAAUACCUCUUUUUCUCUAAACAUGGAUACGUUCCAAAGGUGUUCCCAGGAUUGAGUUCUGCAUUAACCGCUACCGUGGUCGCGAAUAUUCCCGCCACUCAAAGAGACGUGGCAGACCAGGUGUUAAUCUGCACUGGAACUGGGCGUAAAGGGGCACUACCACAGAUCCCAGAAUAUGUGAUCUCGAGAACUACCAUUUUUCUGAUGGCUUUGCACAGAUCAGAAGUAUUAGUCGACGCAUUAUUAAAAGAGAAUUGGGACCCUGAUGCUCCAACUGCUAUUAUCGAGCGUGCUACGUGCUCGGACCAAAGAAUAACAAGAACCUUAUUGAAAUAUGUUCCCGACGUGGUGAAUGAAAUAGGCUCACGUCCGCCAGGGUUGCUAGUGGUCGGGAAAGCUGUGGUGGCCCUUAUAGACGAAAAUCUUUCGAAUCUGAAUGACACUAAUAAGUACCUAAUUACUGAAGGUUUCGAAGGAUUCAACGAGGCCCUACUGGGAUUCUAG